AUGGUCCCCGCCAUUGAAGUCUACGACGUUUCUACCCCCAGCAACGCUCUCGUGGGAGCUCUAGGCACCACGACAGGCGGCCGGAAACUGAAAGUCCGAUCCUAUCCACAGUUUCCUUCUCUGGAGGAAGAGCGACUCUACCGAAAACAACAUCUAGCAGCAGCGUUUCGAAUAUUCGCUGAACGAGGAUUUGACGAAGGAGUCGCGGGGCAUAUCUCCGUUCGAGACCCGAUUCUGACAGACCAUUUCUGGCUCAACCCCCUUUCCCAACAUUUCUCCCAAAUUUGCGUCAGCGAUCUCAUCCUAGUCAACGAACAAGGCGAAGUCGUCGUCGGCGACGAGCCCAUCAAUGCCGCCGCCUUCGCCAUACACUCUGAGAUACACAAGGCCCGACCGGACAUCAAUGCCGCGUGCCACGCGCACUCCGUCUACGGCAAGGCCUUCUCCGUCUUUGGCCGGGAACUGGACAUGAUAACGCAGGACUCUCUCCGCUUCUACAAGUCGCACGCGGUGUACGAGAGCUUUGGGGGCGUGGUGCUCGACCGUACGGAAGGGGAACGCAUCGCCCGAGCGUUGGGAGAUGGCAAAGCGGUGAUUCUCCAAAACCACGGCUUGCUCACGUGCGCGAAGACCGUCGACGCCGCGGCGUUCUGGUUCAUCAGCCUCGACAAGACGUGCCACGCGCAAUUGCUGGUCGACGCGGCGAGUGCCGGCGGCGGACACGAGAAAAGGUUGAUCGCGGAUGAAGAGGCGGAAUUCUCAUGCGCAAACAACGGCACCGACGAGAAAGGAUGGUUGGCCUUCCAGGGAUAUUAUGAGGAACUGCUGGCCAAAACAAAUGGGGGUUUCUUGAAGUAGGGAUCUCCGCACGCUGAGCAAUGGGUGGGGGAGGACGUGGCAAGAUGAAUCUGAAUGACCGAUAAGGAGGCAACAUGAGCAGUGGAAUUGGCGUACGAAUCGCCGGUGGACUCUUGCUCUUCGUCACCAA